GAAUCAUCUCAAGUGCCUGUGUGUCUCUGGAUUGAGGCACUUCAACAGAGGCAAGCAGCAUAUGAAAUUCAUCUCGUUGACGAGAUUCAGGCGGUGAUGCGCGCGAACUGUUGGCACUUGACGGUCAACAAAUAGUAGUCAAUCGCGAUCCACCAUCGAAAACGCCUUGGGCAGUCGCCGCCGUGUGUCCCCACCGCCUGGCAGAGGCCAGCCAAGAAUUGGGGGCCUCAGGUUGCCCCAUUUUGGCUCAUUAUUCGAUCGUAGUUUUAGCGUCCAGGAACUGUGUGCUGGGCUUGAAGGAAGAUGUGCAUUCUUGGGAUAUUUACUCUCAGGUCCGUCCAUUCACGAAUGAUGUCUUGGCUAUUGUCAGGACGAGAACAACCAAUAAUUCAUGCUCAACAUCAACAAUUGUCUUCCUCUUCCUCUUUCUCCUCCUUCCCGUCGCCCUUGUGCUCGGUUGUUGAUGUGGAAGAAGGUCGCCGAAUGUGUUGCUUUGUCAUCAAACCUAACGUUUCAGCCUCCUCCCGGCAGCAAAAAUACGAUGAACAACAUCUUCCAUCGCAUCCGGAUAAACGAGUGCAGUCCUCACCGGUCCGGCGCUUGUUCACAAUAGUUCCUCCUUCGCCCGCCCUAGAUAUCAAAAUGAGGCUCAAUCCGGGGUCCGGAGGAUUUGGCAGCAGCCAAUCAGCCGCUUGCUCUCGCUGGAAAACCCCCUUUUGCUCGGCGAAGGGCACUGGGUUCUAGAAUCCCUCUGCGGAGCCUUGUGCAGAGGGUAAAAUGAGCUCUGGCCAGAAUACGAAGAUAAUUGCCAAUAACAGUUGACUAUUCGAUCUGCUGCCAGAAUUAUGCAAGGGAAGCGUGUUGAGCACUUCGUGAUUGUGGACCAGGUUGAGGCUGAAAUUCUGCAUCCUUGAAGCACUACUGGCCUUGCAUUCCAAGAAUCUAUCAAAGAUAUUUUCGAUAUUGUUUUGCGCGCUCGCUGUGCCUCUUAGAAAUUCUGUUAAUUCCCACGAGGUUUCAAUGAUCCGCAGAGAGAGUUUGGAGGGCGGGCAAACCAGCAUCUCUAGUUUCCGAACGGGAAUUUAGAGUAAGAGAAGUAGCCAAUUUGAUAUGGUCAUUGGGUCUCGCACCGUCGCACGCUCUCUGGGCCCAAUGGAAAGGGCAAGCACUUUUCCCUGCCAUUGUGGCGGACUGGCGCCAAUUGCAGCUAGCCUUGAUCAACACACCAUCGCAUCCACUCGCAGUCCCACAUUUUUAUCGUCUGGGGAGGGAUCAAAUGAAUGUAAGGGUACAUACGAACAGAAGGCAGAUUUCCAGCGCUUCGCUUCGUUUUACAGGGGCGCAGUGACAGCGAAUUCAAUUGAGACAACUCUUCGGCAAAGGCAUUUCCGAGGAAUUCUAUUCCCCCUUGCCAAAAUUCAUAUAAGAAUGGCGCUGCCUUGCGAAAACAGCAUCUCCAUGUCCAUACGUUGGCCACCUACCCACACUCUUUUAUCCUGUACUUUCGUUUCCACAGUCGCUCAUUCGGUCUUUACCUACUAAGUUUAUUCGUCUUUACUAUCGCAGUUAUCACCUGCCUGACGUUGUCUACGUGACACUCAAGAGCCCAGCACCAUGCCUUCUGUAAUGAAACUGGCACUCACCGGAGCCGUUGCGCUCCUAUCCGCCCUUCAGGUCAACGCCGCCGCUUGGGAAGCCCGCCAUGGUAUGACUCGUGAUCAAUUCCAAAAGAGCUUCGAUGUUCUCGAGGCCAGGAACUACAGCCUUGCCGAGGUCAGCGGAUACACCCUGAACGAUAUCCCCCUCUUUGCUGGCAUUUUCGAGAAGCACGAAAAGAAGCCUACUUUCGCCGCCAGGGGCGAAAUCGAUGCCAAAGAUUACCCUGACCUGUUCUGGAAGCUCCGUGGUGAGGGUUAUCGACCCACUGUCAUCGAUGGCUACACCGUCAAAGGAAGCGCCAGAUUCACUACCAUUUGGGACAAGGCGUCCAAGGAUCCCUGGGAACAGAGGAUCGGCAUGUCUGCCGAGGGAUUCCAAAAACUUUUCGACGAGUUCCUUAAGGAAGGAUAUCGUCUGACCUAUGUUAGCGGCUACGCUGAAGGAAAGGAGGCCCGCUAUGCCGCGAUCUGGGAGAAGACCAACAAAAAGACCGAGUGGGUUGCUCGUUUCGGCCUCACCAGCAAGCGAUAUCAGGAGGAAUUCGACAAGAACUUGAAGAAGGGCCUCCGACCAGUCCAGGUCAACGGUUACUCCGUCGACGGCAAGACUUACUUCGCUGCCAUCUGGGAGAAAUCCAACUCUGUCUUCGUAGCCAGACAUGGCAUGACUGCCCGGAGAUACCAGCAGACUUUCGACGAUUUGGUCAAGAGGGGCUACACCCUUUCCGUUGUCAGCGGUUAUGAGGAGCGUGGCUGCAUCAAGUACGCCGCUAUCUGGAACAAAGAUUAGAUUCGGCCAAUGUUUCCGCUUCAGGGAAAACGUGUUCGAGGGUCCGUAGGUAUCUUAGGACCGGGCAGAACGGGUUGCAUGAGCCUGAUAGCGCUGUUAUCCUAUCACAAUUAGUUUAUAGAUUUGAGGGAUCGAGGGAACUAUUUUAUCUUUAUUCACCUGCACUUUUAUUAAUGAAUGUACUAUUUUGCACGAGUCUCCACACCAGCAAUAUUAUAUUUAAUGUGUGCUUCGUCACCAAGUACUUUGCACUUUCGAAACUUCCUAUUUUUCUUAAAAUUAUGGCUAAUUAUAUUACUUAUUAAGAAACUGGUUCUGCCUGUGAUUAUCUACUUGGCAUUAAUUUUUGAACUUCACCUCAGGGCUAUGAAUGAACUUUUGGCAUGGCUUUGGACCCCGGUUAUGGCCGCUUUGAGGCGCUCUUUGGUUGUGGCACCAAGUACGCGUCGCCAGGAACGUACUCCGUACAGAGUACACUGCUGAUGAAAGCCAAGAGAGAAGCACUAAACAUGGAACAAUAAUAAUCGGUGAACCGAAGGACAAUCAAUCUGGAGUAUUAGGUGUGCAGAUAUUACACAAAACGGGCACCACCGCCACCACCACAUCGCCUAUAUCCUGAGGCUCUCACUCACUCAGAACCCGAAAAGGUUUUCAUCCUCUUUAUACCCCCAGUCUUUCAAAUUUGGUAGCGCUGCCAUCUUAAUUAACCCAGGCGGUCCACACAGAAGGGCGACGUUCCCUUCCUCAGGCCUAAACCCAUAUUUCCGGAUAAUAUCCUUAUUCACCAACCCCUUGAUCCUCCCCUCCGUCAACUCUUGCUGCGGAUUUGAAAGAACAUGCACUAUUUGAAACUGCUUCGGGUGCUGUUUCGCAAAUUCACCAAGCUCAUCCACUAACAAUAUGUCAUCCUCUGUUUUGUUCGCGUCUAUUACUCUGAGGCGGGUUGGGUCCUUUGAACCGCCAGGCACCAUAUCUGAGAGGAGAAUAUGCGCUAUGAGCUGGUAUCCGGGUGUAAUGCCAGACCCGCCAAGGAUUAGCGUGACGUUUUGAAAUUUGAGCCUCUUGCCGUCAAUCACGAAGUGGCCUUGGCCUUCAUAUUCAAUUACACCUGCGGGGCCUUUGACUUCGACUUCUUCGUCUACACGCAAACAGUCCAGCACGUUGCUCAUCGUGCCGCCCGGCUGCUUAGAGCUUGGGAAAUAUGUCUUUACGGCGAGCUUAAAGGUGCCAUCUGCUUCGCUUUCGAAUAUGGGUCGUACAGGUGUGUAGGGUCGAAUUACCAGCCUGUCAGCAAAGUGGAAUCCCAGCUGAAUGUGCUGGCAAGUCUUGAGGCCAAGUCCUUUUGUGCCUGGUGGGAGAGCAAAGGUAUAAAGUUGGGUGUCUUCAGAAAGUCGUUCUUUCUUGCGGAGGCGGACCUGGGUCCAUCUGAUUAUUGUGAAUAAGCCCGUUAGCUAAUUAUCUUUAUGGGACAAUAUCGUUUAGGAGAGGUUCAUUACUUGUGACGCUGGAUCCCAGAGCCAGAACUAGUCGAGUUGGCCGUCACCCUUGCUUUCGCGCUCUCUUCAGCUUGUUUCUUUAUAUAUUCUUUCGUCUUAUCAGUUACAACACCAAGCACGCAUUCUGUUUGUUGUGUUAGCGAUGCACAUUUACGAGGGCAGUGGCAUCUGUGCCGCAAUAUCCUCUCCAAACGUUGGACUCUACAGGAUGUGCAUACCGCUCAAUUUCUGCUGGGCAUAAUCAUCAUGGAUGCUGUCAAAUUCCUCUGUGGUCUCCGCAUGAACCCUCCCGGCAUGUGCCAUAAUGGCAGCUUGGCCGCCCGGGUGCCAGCCGAGCACGCUCGUGGCAUCGUAAACUUUAUUGUUGAUGACGAUCCAACAGUCUGAUUCCGAGUCAUGCUUUUCAAUCUCUUCGCGAGUAAACUGCUUCUGUGGAGCGGCCACUUCAUGUCGGAUCUCAUCAAUCUGCUCCGGCUUCAUCCAGCCCCCUUCACCCGACCCUGGUUCUGUAGGGUGCCGGAAGGUGAUCAAUAGAUCACCAGAUUUGGGGUCCUCGACGACGAUAUUUCUACGGACGGUGUACCAGCAGUUGUUCAUCAUACUAAAUUCGCGAGGCAUCAUUAGUUACAUGUCUUGCAUAGUUCUACGCAAGGUGUACCAACCCCAAUAAAUUCCAGUUCAGCCUUUCCGAUUGGCAAUUUUUGAAGACGUCGAAACAUCGGACUGUGAUACCACUUGCUUGGGCUAAGUGUGCAAUGUCGACAUCCACAGACCAGUGAACCCAAGUCCAGAACUUUUUGCCAUGGCGAAUUGGUGCGUCCGGAAACUGAGCGACGAUAAUGAUUUUAAUCAGUAAUUCCCCCGUGUCAUGGCUUCCACUGGUUUGCAGACUGAAAAUGAUGGCAAGCAUGGAUGUACUCACCCUACGGAUACAAUAAAGCCAGUUUUUACCUUCGUCUAGACUAACCUCAACACGCUGAACCUCGUGGCCUCCUCCAGCAUAUGCAUACCCUUCAACCCUAUAUUCCUUCCGUUUUAUAUUGUUCUCUGAGACUAGAUCCAGUGUCUCUCCAUGGGCAGGUUUAACAAUCACAGAAUUCAGGCUUUGUUCGUUACACGCAGUGCUGGGGUUGGAAAACAUCGCCUUCGCAAAUUCUGAAUCCAUUUCAGUGAUAAAAUCAGGCACCACGCGAUUGUCGAACACAUGGUAAUAACUAUCAUUUGGCUUGUCAGACGUCCAGAUGCGCGAUAGCCAUUUCACACAUCUUCCACCGACAUAGCCAGGAAUAAUGACGCGCACAGGAUACCCAUGAUCCGGUGGUAGUGCUUUAUCAUUCAUCUCAUACGCAAGAAUAACAUCGUUAUUCGGAUCCAUGGCAUAAUCCAGCGGGAUACAUGUUGCAUACUUGCCCUCGUUGGGUUGAUCUGCCCCUUCGAAGUUGACCCAAGUCCGCCGUUGUGAAGCCUCCGGUGAUAACCCUGCUGCAAGGAGGACAUCUCGAAGCAGCGGUCCUUUCCAAUACGCACACCCACAAGCGCCAGGUCCCCAGUUGAACCCUUUUGACCUUUUGGUCAUGUUCACUUCCUUCCGUCUAUUGCCGUCACAUGCAAUAAGAACGGGAAUAUUAAUGGCAUCAAAUUCGUCCUUCAGCUCUUCCAUGGUCAACACUAGCUUCCCAUUUUCGACUUCAAGUCGAUGAGUUUGCCAGCGCAAAUGAGGGACAGAGCCGUGGUUUCGUACGAAAUGGAUUUUAUUCGGGGUAAUGAGACCGGCGUCGUAAAGCGUGUUCAGUGGCGGUUCGGAGUUGAAUGGGUGCUUGCCCGUGAGGCGAAUGAGGGUGUCACUUCUCGGAAUCCAGUUAUCCGGAGUAAACUGAUCAGCCUCAUCUAUGCAAAAUUGUCUCUGAUCUUCAUAAUGGGCCAUCGGAGACUUCCCCUUGCCGUCGUUCCUUUUGAGAGAAUGCAUGUACUUGUUCUCGUGCCGCAAAGCGCGCAAAAGUGCAAUCUCUUGCGCAGAGUACUUUUGCUUCAAACCAUCACCCUUUCCUGCUCCUGAUUCCUUCUCGACAGCUUGUUCACUUUCGUUCUGUUUAUCUUGUGGUUCCCUGGAAGCAUAGGCGUCUUUCUGGGUGGCAUUCUGUCCACGUUCCCGUCGCCAUUCAUGCUCCUUCUUUAACUGUUCCUCCUCUCCCUGUGUCUUUUUGCGCUCUUCUUCCUCCUUCUGCCUCUUCUGAAUAUUUGCAGGCCAGUCUUGUUGAUUCUUGAUAAAGUCUUCCGUUGUAUGUAACACAUACCGCCACCCCUUUGAAAAAACUUCAGGUCUUUCCAGAUGGAAGUCCUAUGAUCGCCGCAUGGUUCGAGCACAUCAUAUUAGUGGAAUCUAGAUCAAAGAAGUCGGAGUAAACAAAACACAACCUAAACAAAUCGUCCUUCAAUUUGACCCGAGAAAAAGGAAGGAGUAUAGUAUACUUCCUGCUUCGUCAUAACAUCCC